UUCCAAUCCAUCACUCAAAUCCAUACAUACAAUCUCUGUCUCUACACCGCAUUCCUUCAUUUUCAUCAAUGGCUCGCACCAAGCAGACCGCUCGCAAGUCCACCGGCGGCAAGGCGCCGAGGAAGCAGCUCGCCACCAAGGCAGCCAGGAAGUCCGCUCCCGCCACCGGCGGCGUCAAGAAGCCCCACCGCUUCCGCCCCGGAACCGUCGCGCUUCGUGAGAUCAGGAAGUACCAGAAGUCCACUGAGCUCCUCAUCCGCAAGCUGCCGUUCCAGCGCCUGGUUCGUGAGAUCGCACAGGACUUCAAGACGGAUCUCAGGUUCCAGAGCUCCGCCGUGGCGGCGCUGCAGGAGGCGGCGGAGGCCUACCUGGUUGGGCUGUUCGAGGACACCAACCUCUGUGCCAUUCAUGCUAAGAGGGUGACCAUUAUGCCCAAGGACAUUCAGCUCGCUAGGAGGAUCAGAGGCGAGCGCGCUUAGGCUUAAUUCACUCGGAUUGGAAUCAUCUUCUGUUAGGGUUAGGGUUUGGGUUGUGUUGGAUUUCGUUUUGGGGAAUUAGUGUAAAAAAGUUGUUUCAGCGUUAGGGUUCCUAGUUUCUUAUCAAUUUCAAUGAAAUUCAAUUUCAAUUAA